AGUUAUAGCAAAACCACAGCUCCAUCGAAUACAAAUCUUAUCCUGUGAGACUUCGAUUUCAACAAUAUGACAGAGACUACAGAAUCCAGUCCAGUAACCCCGGCUGUUCCGUCACCGACCGUCAAGACGAAGAAGAAGGUUACUGUUAUCGCUAAAAGUGCUGCUGCUGUUAAGAAGCCUGCAGCUGUGCAUCCACCGACUUCCGUGAUGGUCACAGCCGCAAUUAAGGAGCUGAAAGAACGAAAGGGUUCAUCAUUAUCCGCAAUUAAGAAAUAUUUAGCCGCGAAUUAUAAAGUUGAUCCUGUUAAAGUAGCACCAUUUAUCAGAAAGUUCUUGACUGCAUCUGUUACCAAUGGGGUCGUUCUUCAAAUCAAAGGCCGCUACAAGUUAGCCGUUAUUGAAGUCAAACCUAAGAAGAAGCCCGUGGUCAAGAAACCUGUUGUUGUGAAGAAAGUAAAAGCUGUUAUUACCAGUACACCCAAAAAGAAGAAGCCGACGUCCAAAAAGUCCAAACCUGCAUCCGGUGAACCAGCUACCAAAAAGGCGAAAAAAACUCCCACAAAGGCUUCAAAAGUGGCACCCCUUGCUGCCAGCGUUAAACCCAAGAAAAAGACUUCUGCGAAAAAACCUGCUGCUGCAAAACCAAAAACGCCGAAAAAAACGGCUCCCAAGAAAAAGUGAAUUUUCUUACACCUUUAUAACCACCAUAACUAGAUCACACCUUUAAAACGGUCCUUUUAAGGACCACCAAAUAAAUAUAAUAUAAGUUCAUCAUCGAAUGUCUUAAAAUAUAUAAUCAUCAAUAUACAUGGCU